AUGCAGUUUAACAUGCAAAGAAGUGAAUUUAUAGCAUGUUUUAGCAAGGCAUCACCGGGUGGCCCUUUGAUGCCCUUUUUGCUGGCAUGCAUUUGGGCUUUUCUGGCUGGUGCAUCUGUUGCUCUUCAAGUCGGUGGCGGCGUCGUGCUCAAUGACACGACCUCGCCUCAACUGCCCCACUCUGCAUACGUGUUCGUUGGAUGUUUGGCGGUGGGCGCACUCUGGCUAAUGCUCUUACAACAACUGCAAGGUGGGGCGACUCCCAAGAGGCCCAAGUACAUUUGGUCCUGUUGCGGUGGGAUGCUAAUAGCCCCCGCGUUUGUUUGCACGCCAGCUGCUGCACUCUUAGGGACGCAGUUGACCUUGACGUUGUUGCUCCUGGGUAUGAUGUCCUCGGCUUUCCUUUUCGAUUGCCUGGCAUCCCGAAUCAGCAUCUCAAGAUACUUUUUGGCGGGCAUCAUCCUUUCACUGGGUGCGGUGGCAAUACAAUCAUUUGCUUCUGUCGGACAGGUGUCUGGAAACGAGAUCACUUGUGUGCUGUAUGCUUUAGGGGCAGUUGGAGCUGGCAUUUCCUACAGCCUGCAGGCCAAGAUGAACAAGCGUUUGGCACUUGAUUUGGGGUCAUCUGCUCGGUCUGCAGCGUUCUGUAACAUCACGGCGAUGAUUUGGGGUCUACCCACUUGUUUUGUGCUUGUCAAGGCUGAUGUGCCUCUGGAAUUUCGGGCCUCGGACUGGUGGAUUUGGCUACUAUGUGGUUUUCAAUCAGCCUUCUACACAUGUUCUUUGGCCGAGCUGCCAAAAAGCCUUGGGUAUUCUCCCACUUUCAUUCUGAUCACAGCAGGCAAAUUGAGUACAGCGGCUUUUGCUGACACGGUUGGCCUUUUUGCACCACCGUUGCCUGUGUCGUGGUGGAGAUAUGCCAGUGUUGUCAUGACCUUGCUGGGCGCAGCAUCCUUUGCGGUCAACCGCGCGGAGGCUGUCUUGGAGGAUCGUGUGCGCAGCAGCUCCACUCAUGUGGAAGAGGGUAAUGAUUCUUGUGACGAUCUUCAUGCCAGUCUAUCCAAUGUGUCUGAAUCUACGCGUACACCGACUGUUUCUUGA